UCCUGCCCCAGCACAGAAGGCCCUUCCUCUGUGGCAGCCACAGAGGCUCAGACAGGACACAUGGCAGGUCCCCGGCUCCAGACCCUGCUGCUCCUACUGCUGUCCUUCACCCUGGGAUCUGCUAGACAAGCAGGAAAGAAUGCGGGGGACCGGAUUAUUGAUGGGGUUCCAUGUCCAAGAGGCUCCCACCCCUAUCAGGUGGCCCUGCUCAAAGGCAAUCAGCUGCACUGUGGGGGCGUCCUGGUCAACGAGGAGUGGGUGGUCACCGCCGCCCACUGCCAGAUGAGCGACUACAACGUGUACAUGGGCAGCUUUCGGCUCAACAGCAGGAGAGGCCAGAAGAUCAAGGCCACGGAGUCCUUCGUCCACCCCCAAUACUCCACACAGACCCACGAGAAUGACAUCAUGCUGGUGAAGCUGAGCGAGUCCGCUAAGCUGACGUCGGCCGUGAGGAAAGUCAACCUGCCCUCCCAGUGCGAUCCGGCCGGGACCCCAUGCACCGUUUCCGGCUGGGGCACCAUCACCAGCCCCGAAGUGACCUUCCCGGCGGAGCUCAUGUGCACGAACAUCAGGCUCAUCACCCCCCAGAACUGCAAGAGGAUUUACAAGGACCUGCUGGGGAAAUCCAUGGUGUGUGCCGGCGAACCCAACUCGAAGACCAACGCCUGCAAUGGUGACUCAGGGGGACCACUGAUCUGCCAAGGCACCCUACAAGGCCUGGUGUCCUGGGGCGCGUUCCCUUGUGGCCAACCCAACGCCCCCGGUGUUUACACCCAAGUCUGCAAGUUCACCGACUGGAUCAAUGAGACCAUAAAAAACAACAGCUAAUCUCUCCGAGCUCCCGUCUCUCCAGCUCUAUGCCUUGAAACCGGAAAUUGACAGAAACCAGGACAUCCAUGACCUGCCGUCAUAGUGGACUUGACCUUUGCUCAAAGUCAUAGUAAAAUCUCAACAAUAGGAUACGCGUGUAAACCAAUGGAAAUCAAGCCAAACACUAAGAUUUAAAAAA